AUGGGAGGACUGCUUGGAGGUGGACUUUUUAUGCUCUGUCCAAGCUGCUCUGCGAUCCGAGCCGGGGGCAAAGGUUGCUGUGGGACAGGUUGCUGUGGAAACCGUUGCCGUAUGCUCAGCUCUGUGUUCUCCUCGGCUUUUGGCCUGGUGGGAGCCAUCUACUGCGUGAGUGUGAGCUCAGCAGGCUUGGCCAUUGGUCCAAAGUGUUUGAUCGCGACUACUAAAAAGUGGGGCUACCCUUUUGAAAAAACUGGAACGGGAAAUGAGAGCUACCUUGUGAACCAGGACUCAUGGGAUGAAUACGGUGCUCUGUGGCAUCCAGACCAUAAACGGCUGCAUAGGCUGCAUCUGUGGGGACUGCAGAGACAGCAACGAGGAUUAAAGUGGACUCUGAACAAAGAAAUAUCAGACGAAGAUGACAAGAGUCUUUUACAUUAA